GGCAAAGAAGGUUCUACUAUCAGAAGGCAGAGGUGUCAAGGCAGACAGGCAAGAACGUCACCAAGAAAAAGACCCUGGGCCAUGUCCGUUUGUAUCCUGGCAUAGCCCCUGUGCCCAUGGCACCUGGAGAAAGAGGAUGAAGGCUGUAGAAGCCAGUGGUCUGGCAUAUCAGCUCCUGCAGAGCUGGUUACAAGCAAUCCGUGAAACCAUCACAUUGCUGUGGCAAUUUGCUGAGCACCAAGCCCAGUGGCUACUACAGGAAGUCUCCAAGAGUCAUCUGCUGAAAACCUUGUGUCCAUGCCUGGGAUUCUUGAUCAGAACGAAGGCUCAGCUCACCACAAACCACAACACGGAUGAAGGAAGAACAGCAGAUGGUAGCCGGAACAAUUCCACUCGGCAUGAGGAAAAUCACGCCACUUGUUCUUGUUCUGGGAGAGAGAGGGAAAAGGACACCCCCCUGCCCUCUCAGUCCAUCUACAGCUUAUUUGACAGUGAUGGACGGAUGGAUGUCUUUCGCAUGCGCAAGCUCGUCUAUGAGAGAGGCACACAUCCCAGUGAAAGAAAGAUCACCUGGAAAUUUCUCUUUGGCGUGUACCCUGAGAGGUCAACAACUGAAGAAAGGAAGGAGCUGGACCGGCAAAUGGCUUCUCAGUAUAAGUGGAUGAAACACUCAUGGAAGCAGCGCUUCCCUUGGGCUGCCUGCCUGACGGUUCAUUCUGAUUUAGAGCUUUCCUUGGCCAUCCAGAGGUAUGAUGAAGAACAGAAGGAAGCUGAAGCAGCCAAGCCACCUACAGAGAUCCACAAUGAGCAGCGCCUUCCUGCCCAGUUCAUCAACGAGAGGCAGUUCCAAAGGGCCCUGAAAGACAUCGAUGCUGACAUACCCCGAACAGACCGGCACCGGACCUUCUUCCAGCGUGAAGGGCUCGUGAAGCUGCUUUACCUCCGAGACAUUCUUGUCACGUAUGUGGCCUUCCACCAAGACAUUGGAUACUGCCACGGCAUGAAUGACUUUGCCAGCCGCUUUUUGGAGACCCUGGACAAUGAGACGGAGGCCUUCUGGUGCUUCGUGGGAUACAUGCGGCGCUCAGCGUGGAGCUUCACUACGAUGGGCGUGCGCCGCAAAACACAAAUCUGUGAGGAGGUUUUGAGACACGUGGACCCAGAACUCUACAGCCAUAUAGAGAGUGUGUCCAAAGAAAAGCUGAUUUUCUGCCUCAGCCUCCAUUUAAUGUAGGCUUUUCCAGCCCUG